UUGACGCAAAACAACAUGCAAUACGUUUUCCAAGACUCGUUCGAGUCCGUUGCCCAACACUUUCUGUUCAGUAUUCAGAACAGUGCCGCUGUGGCUUCUCUUGUCAAUAUCUUGUUCAAUACUGAACAUUCGUUUGCAACUCUCAGAAUAAUCCUGGUCGACGAAAUUUCGAGAAUGAACUACUUGUCCGCCUGUCUUGAGGUGGCACUGAAGGACGGCAAGUACGUCGUGGGCUACAAGCAGUCGCUGAAGGCCUUGCGCGGGGGCAAGGCCAAGCUGGUGAUCCUGGCCAGCAACAUACCAAGCGAAAUGAAGUCAGAGAUGGAGAAGUACGCCGCCGAGACGAAGACCCGGGUGAUGCGCUUCUGCGGCAACAAUUUCGAUCUGGGCAACGCCAUUGGCAAGUACUUCAAUGUGGGCACAUUGGUCAUUACCGACACUAAGGUCUCGGAGCACAUUGUCCACUUAUUGGCCGCCGACAACCGCGAAAAAUAAUUUAAAUAAAAUGUUUUAAUGAGUUAUUAGCAAAU